AUGCCAAAGGAAUCGUGCUCUUCUUUAAAUACUUCUUCAACUUCUAAGCCUAGUGCUUUCCAUGAAUUCUUUUCUGGAUUUAUUGCUGGUUCUAUAACUUCUGUAGUGGUUCAUCCAUUUGAUUUAAUUAAAUUAAGGUUACAAUUAAAUGCAACAAACGGUAUUCAGCAGUCUUGGAUAACCAUAGUUAGGGGAUUAUGGAAGAAUCAAAAUAGAUUUUGGUUGUCUACAUUGUACAGAGGUGUAACUAUAAAUGCAUUGGGUAAUUCUAUCGCAUGGGCUUUAUACUUCGGUAUCUAUCGAUCUUUUAAAGAUCAAUUGAUUUCAUUCACUGGUGGCACUUCAUCUGUUUCGCUAUCAUGGGUCUAUUUGGCCUCUGGAACUUCAGCUGGAAUCACAACAUCUAUCUUAACUAAUCCAAUAUGGAUCUUAAAGACUAGGAUAAUGGCACAAAAUAAAUCGUUGAAUGGAAAUGUAGGUUAUGAUAAUAUAAUAUCGAGUAUACGUAAAAUUAAAAAAGAUCAUGGUUGGGGAAUUUGGAAAAUUGGUAUUGUCCCAUCCAUCCUUGGUGUAUCUCAGGGUGCCGUAUAUUUUAUGGUCUAUGAUAGUUUGAAGAGUUAUCGCUUUAAUAAAUUGAACAAACAAAAAUUGGAUACUUUGGAGAUCUUAUCCAUCACUUCCAUAUCUAAAAUGAUUUCAAUGUCGUUGGUUUAUCCGUUACAGUUGCUUAAAUCUAACCAACAAAGUUUAAACGCUACAAACUGUAAAGAAUAUAAAUACAUAAGACAUUUGAUCCCAUUAAUUAUUAGACAAAAUGGUGUGUUUGGAUUAUAUAAAGGUUUAUUUACCAAUUUAUUGAAGUCUGUACCAUCGACUUGUUUAACGUUCUAUAUCUAUGAAACUGUAAAUAAUCUCUAA